AGAGGCUGUGACUCUUACAGCUCUAUCAAGUCUCGUUGAUAAAUUAAAAUGAUAAUGACAUCACCCUCACUAGCUAGCAGUGCAUAGCAACAAAAGCUCCAAAUGUAGUUCCAUCCAAUUAGAAUGUCACUACUAUUGAAGUUUGUAAUAGUGAACAAGCUAGCAGUGUAGAGUGUUCUCAAAAGUGCGGGAACGCACCACAUGUAUUAAUUACACAAUCUCCGCCAAAAAAACACUAUACCACAUUUUUCCGUCAAAUUAGAAUGUCACUACUAUUGACGUUUGUAAUACUGAGAAUUUGGCCUAUCAACACCAGAGGACAGACUUCAUGUUCUUAUUGUCAACGUUGGGUGUUUCAAUAUGUUAACCUCAGACGAGAUGAACAUGUAAAACUUGCAGGGCUCAAGGUUUCUUAGAAAUAUUCUAUCACACUACUUUCCUUCAGGUCGUCCUCAAUGAUUUCCAUACACUAGAUGACUCAUAGGGGUGCACUGUGUUGAAGCCCCGUCAUUGUAAAACUAUUUUGGACGCUAAAUGCAUUUAUUAAUGUCUACAUUAGUUUUUGCCACAUUUAUUCUAUUACACACACUAAUGCAUACUUUUAAAUUAUAUUAUAUGAGUUAAACCUGAAAACCUAAUGUUACUGUCCCCAUUAAAACAACCAAAUACUUAAAUACACUUACAAUUUUGACUUUAAACAUUUAAUCAAAAUACUGUAGAAUUCCAGUGACAAUAUGUCCGACCGGUCAGUUCAAAGCCUCUUCAUGGCCAGUACAUAGCAUGAGCAAUUAAGGGUGUACAUACAUCACUGGUCAUACUUCAUGUUUCCAACCCACCCACGCACACCAUGUCUCUUUUCACCGAGCCUGUUCUGUUCCCGAACUUCACAGCUACUGUUCCUUUUGUAUAGAGAACAGCCUUGAAACUAAUAAGCAGAGUGUACAACAGCUUUCUUGCCAAGCAUCAUGCCUGCUGCAGGCACUUACGAAUGACGCACACGCAAGCGACUUCAGAAUUCAACGUGGCAUUUAGCUAAUGUGUAAUUUGGAUGAUGCUUCGCAAGCUGGGAACACAAAAAAAAAAAAACACAUCACAAAUGUCACAUGCAGCUUUCAAUCUCAUUCCCUGCAGGAAAUAUCUCCAUGAUGCCACCAUUCAGGCCAAAAUCAAUCCCAUCAUGACCUUGGUCACCUAUUGAGCGGCUUGCUAAAAGUCCAUGGCUUACACAGGGGCACUCAAUGGCCACUCAGUGACUGGGAGUGCACUAGGACACCACCAUAACAUGUAGCCACAUCCGUGAUUAGGAAGUAGCCUGAGGAACAACCAUCUCCAGCAUCAACCUCAUCACAAUGGCAUUUCUGCCAAUAGAGUGCCCCUCUAGUUCUUUCGACACGGGUACCAUUCACUGAUCAAUACCUCUGAUCAGUUAUCAAUAAGGCUGUGUAUUUCUCCCAUCGCACCACACACAGUCACUCAGAGUCCAUGUUAGGUGUUUGUUGUGAAGAGUGUAUUUUGAUUUGUCUGGACCAGUAAGAUCAAGAUGAUCUCCUUCUGGCUCAUCUGUUGGAAGCUUCUGAGAGCUACCGCUGUGGCAAGUGUGACGGAUGGUAAAGAACUGAACGAAGGUUGCAGUAACACUCAGAAUCACAAUCCAAACGAACCCAGAUCCUUCUCGAAGGCAGUAACCAUGGAGACCAGUGAACAAACGGAGAUGACCAGCGUAAUUGCCUAUGAAAAGGAACUCUCUCUCACUGACUCAACUGAAAACAAAAAGGGCUUAGGAGGAACAGAAGAGGAACAAGUCUGUUUAGAGGCUGACUCACUAGAAUCCAUAGGAAAGAAAGCAUUGCUCGAAAUCCUAGCAGAUUUACCAGCUAGUAUGAUCGACGAGCUUGACGGCUUAGGAAACGGGCUCUGCACAGGUAACCCAUUUCGAAAGGAGGCUUUGUCUAGCCAUGAAGAACUCAACCGAAAUGAAUCCAUCACUUCGUCUGUCUCUGACACACCGUCCAGUGUUGACAGUGUGUAUGAGAACGAAGCUCAUCGUAAGAGACAGGACACCCAAGAACUAGAACAGCCUGAAGAUACUGUGUCCAACCCAGAGGAUGGUGAAGAUGGUGAGGAUAAAGACUCAAAAGAGAUUCAAUAUGGCCCAUUAGAAAACUACAUCAGUGAUGUCCCAGAGGAGUCUUUACUAGAACAGUACAUCAGAGAGGAGGUUCUGUCGGAUGUCUCCAACGAGUCCUGUCAUGGUCUGGACCCAGACGAGGUGGAUGAAUGCCUGCGUGUUGAGAUAGCAGAGGCCUCCUCAGACGAUGAGAGUGAAGAUGGAGCAAAUAAAUGGAGGGCGAUAUUUUCCUCCUCGAUCAACCAUGAGGACGAUGAUGACUAUCUGGAUAGCCUCCAACUGAGUGCACAGGAUCUCUUCGUCCAAAAGGUUGAAGUGCAAAACGUUGACAACCAUGACGAUAACAAGGAGGAAGUUCAAGUGAAGAUGCCAAAGGAAGAGGAACUGGAAGUGUUGGAGCAACCAGAUUACCUCACUGGUAUUGCACAGGAAGUGACAUACAACCCUGCAGCACUGCUCCAAAGCCUAUCCAAAAUCUCUGAAGACGAGGAAGGAAAUGGCAAUGGUUCAAGGCAUAAUACAUCUUGCAAGGCAGAUCCCAACAAGAAGCUUCCAAAGGACUUCUGCGUUAUCCAGGAGACCAAGAGUGAGAACGUCAGCACAGAGCACGUGGACUUCCAGCUGGCCCGGAAACAGUGGAGGGAGAUGGAAGAGCAGACCAAGAACUUGGUGCUGUCACCCACCACAAAGCAGUGUGGGCCGCUCACGGGCAGCCACAGCUUCAUGUACACUCCAGUCAGGAACAUUGACAGGCCCAAGACGAGAGAUACGAGCCUAGAGAAUUUGGCUAUGGGUGGAGCUGAGUAUCCCCACACCCAGUUCAGCCCCUGCUCAGAGGACUCAGGCCUGGGCGAUUCCAGCUACAGGUCCCCUUAUGAAGAAUUCCCAGAGACCUCCAUUGAGAGGGAGAUCCGCCUGGCCAUGGAGAGAGAAGACAACUUUAAGCGGGACAGGGGUUUCUCCAAUGAGACGAAACCUACAGAAUGUGCCCAGACAAAUGCCAAGCCAGUCAUCUUGCUCCCAGCGAAGCUAUGUCAGGAGGUUGACGAAAAGAGGAAGACGUUUGACAAUAUGGAGGAUGGCAGCUGCAAAAUACCCAGAUCCAAAACUACUCCAUCAUUCAUUAUUACGUCUUCACCGGCAAAGGGGCCACUGAAACACGAUCUGCCUGCCAACAGCAUCAUUAUACUAGAACCGGAAGGAAGUCCAAGACAUGGCGCCAGAGACACCUCCAGAGCUAACGAGUGGCACUCAGAUGAGACCUCCAAUGCCAACUUCAUCAUCCUAGAGACAUCCAACCUGAUCAUCAGGAGCACAUCAGAGUUCUGCCUGAACACGGCCUGUGAGCAGCAGGGCCAGGAAUGCUCCUCAACGUUCCUCAACAACCCCUUCUUCAAGCUGCGCUCCAGGAGCCAGCUGUCAUUGGUGGACGAGGAGAUCAAGAUGGUGAAACAGCGCGAAGAGGAGCUGAAGAAAGAAAGAGCGAACAUCUAUCCGAAAGGGAUGUACAACAACACAGGCCUAGUGGCCGAAAAUCUCAUGGACAGCUUGUCGUUUGAAGUUGAUGCGCCACUGAAGUGUAAGUCUUCGCCAUCAUCACCAAUGAAAACUGCAUACAAGAUGGAUCGCUCAGCCCUAUCCUGUGAUCACAGAUUUCCUGAGGUGUAUGGAGCCGGAGGAAGGCGUAAGAGCGCCUUGGCGCUGCGCUGGGAGGCUGGGGAGUUUGCCGAGUGAAGAACAACAGGGUACAACCUGCAGUCACUGGUGAAAAUAUUGUCUGUCCACUUUCAGCUGAGUUAAUAGACUUAAUGCAGUGCUACAAACUCAUGUUUGUCUCAUGUUGCGACAUUUAACCACACUUGCUGCUUCUGUAAUGUUAUCGAUUCUCUGGUCGAAGUGCCAGGAAAUAGUAGUGUGUGUUCGCCCGCCAAGAUGCCUGAAUGUAAAAUGAAUGUAAUGUUUAGUCCACAGAUGCUAACAUUUUAUGAAAUUUUAAUGUGAGCAAAUCUGAAAACAUAUUUUGGUGUAUUGUCUUGCUAAAGGAAAGAAGCUUAUAUUUAUUGUACUUUCGUACUGUGUUUUCCAGAAAUAUUGAUGUGGGCAUAUAACAUACUGUAUGAUACAAUACUAUAACAUGUAACUUGUAUCAAAAAAUAUAUUCAAUCAGUAGCUGAAAACUGAGAUAUGUUGAACGGACAUUAUACACCAUGUGAAAUCAUGUUUUAUUGAAAUACAUUUUUAACAUUCCCUUAAAGCUGGAAUCCUUAAUGGUGAAACCACCACAUCUGUUUGCGAUAUUUUAAAAACAAUAACAACGGUGAUGGGCAGCCAGUGGUGCUGUUUCCCCUUAUUACGGAUUCCAUGUUUAAAAUAAAUAAAAUACUAUUUCCAGAAUCAAAAGGGAUAUGGUAAAAAAAAAUGCUUAUAAAAAAAUAACUUUUCUAUAUUGUGCAUUUCCCUACAAAUGUCAGAUGUUUACAAUUUUCAAAGAAGGAAAAUGUUUCUGCUUUUAAAUAAUUAUUGAGGCAGAGUAUUAAACAAGCUCCAUUUUUUGAGAAUUGCCAUUUAACGCUGAUAAUUGAGUUCAUGAAACAAAAAAUAAUUGACAUUGUUUCAUUAAGUAUGUUUGUAUGCUUACUUGUUACUGUUUUGCAAAAAUCACCAGUAUUGCUUGCUAGCAUUUUAAAUUGUGUAAGGAAAUUACCUAAAAUAAGAGAGAGGCCACUUUAUUACAUUAUUUUUCAGGUGAUUUUCCUUGUAUUCUUACUGCAAGUGUUCAAUAGAUUAGUGCAACAAUAAAUACCACGUAUGAAUA